AUUCCUGAAAAUACGGCUCGUCCAUCUACUCUAAAGACUAAGCAAGUUGUCCUUUCAGAUGAUGCCCCGAAACUCACUGAGACCGAGGUCAUUCGUGACGCGUUGAUUCUUCUACCUGUUCCUAUUCCUAAGGUGGCUCUUACUAACUCUACUAUUGUUUCUUCGCUUACUCGUUCAAUUGGAAUGGAGGUGCAAGCCGAGGAGUGUGCGACAAAAAAUAGAAGGACUGCUGAAUCAUCCUCUAAAGUUCCUGUUGAACAACAAAUCCCCCCUUCCAUCCUAUCCUUAAAGAGAAGGACUACUGAAUCGUCUUCUAAAGUUAUG